AAAUCAUCCCGUCCAGAACCAGCCUCCCUUGGGAGUUCGAGCCCCGUUGGCUCUCUGUCAUCCGAAGAUCAUGAUUUUGACCCGACAGCAGAUAUGCUGGUUCAUGAGUAUGACGAUGAACGAACAUUAGAAGAGGAAGAGUCGCUGGAAGGAGAAAAGAAUUUCAGCACGGAAUUAGCAGACCUAGAAAAGGAAGGGAAUAUGCCCCUGGAGGACUUGUUGGCGAUGUAUCGGUAUGAAGCGUCGGUCAGUACGGCAGCAGCAUCGAGUGUGGAUAGCUCCUCGGGUGAACUGACUGAUGACCUGCCGGAUAUGACCCUGGAUAAGGAGGAGAUAGCCAAAGAUCUGCUGUCAGGUGACUAUGAGGAAGAGACGCAGUCAUCAGCUGAUGAUCUGACCCCUUCUGUCACUUCCCAUGAAGCCACUGAUUUCUUCCCGCGAACUCUCAGAUCCAACGCUACUUAUGACGGUGAUAAGGAGUCGGAGGGAGAGGACGAUGGUCUCAGUCCAGAGGACCCGAGGAAGGAAAUCAUGGUGGGGUCACAGUACCAAGCAGAGGUUCCCAUGGGCCUGAGCUUCUACUCUGAGGAGGAUAAGGUUUUUGAGGAAGCAGAUCAGCUACUCUGGGCUCCAGGGGUGCUGUCAGAGAAGAAGGUGGAAGUCUACCUCAAAGAGGCGCUGUCUCAGUCCGCAGACAACACUACAUGUGGCAGACGCAUACGGGACAACGAACAGGCUUUAUAUGAGCUUGUAAAAUGUAACUACAACACGAACGAGGCCCUGGCGCAAUACUGCACUAAUCUGAAGUCCUCCAAAGAAGAGUCGCCAGCGUGGUCUGAGGAGGAGUGCAGAAACUUUGAGCAUGCACUACAGGUUUAUGAAAAGAACUUCCAUUUAAUUCAGAAGAACAAGGUUCCAACAAGGACUGUCGCAGAGUGCGUCUCCUUCUACUACAUAUGGAAGAAGUCUGAACGGUUUGACCACUUUGUUCAACAGAAUCGCUUUGGAAAAAAGAAAUACAGUAUUUAUCCUGGUGUAACAGAUCUGAUGGAUCGGCUGGUGGAUGAGGCAGAGGGCCUGGCCAUGGACACCUCUUCGUCUGUGUGCUUGGGUGGAGGUGGAGGGCGGAUAGAGGUGUCUGCAGAGCAACAGCUUGGUCUCCUCAACACCAUCACCGCCAGUGACCUCACAGCCCUGAGUAACAGUGUGGCGUCUGUGUGCGGCCCGGCGGAUAUGACCUGUAUAGAGUCCUCCUACUUCCCCCCGCUUGGUCACGAUGAGGGGCUGGGUUACACAGUGGGCGGCGGCCUGGGCGUGCUGGACUCCGCCUUCUACCGCUCAGAGCUGGGCCAGCUGGCCUUGUGCGGCAGCAAGGACUGCGAACGGCCCUCCAAGCGCCUCAAGACGAGCCUCUCCGAUUCGUUCAUCGGCGACGUGGCCGUCGCCAACCUGGGCGCGGACUUCGAGAGCCGACGCGCGCACCGCAUCACAGGAGCCAAAAUGGCGGUGUCGGUCACAGACUUCGGUGGUAUGGCAGCGAGUGGAGAGGUGAAUGGCUUCAUCAGCUCCCACUCCCGCCAACACCAACAACACACAGCACUGCAGUCUGAAUGACCCCCGACGUGUACGCAUACACCCACUGACUCAACCUUAGUUUGUUUUCUGAUUCUAUAUAAAUAUACUUUGGGAUUUUUUUAUUUUUUUUUUGGUUUUUAUUUUGUAAUAUGACAUCAGUGAUGUCUUUUAUUGUACAGAGCUAAGCAAUCUUGAUUUAUCAAGAGUUUAAAUAGCCAUUUAUUUUUCUGGUCUUUUAGAUAUUUAAUAUCCUUAAUAUCAACAUCAAUUUGCAGAACCUAAAUGCUGGAGUGGAGAGCUGUGGUAUUUUUCUCUCUUACCAUACAGAUAAUGGCAGCCUGCAGUUUUACUGUCCCAUUUCAAAUAGUUGCCACAAACUGCAUCAGCUUCAGUUUUGUAACUUUUAAUGUUGAUUUUCUAAAUUGGUACUACUUCAGUGUUUACACAAUCCAAGCAACACCAGGCCUUGGCAAAUGUAGCAUUUUGUAUAUCAGGAUACGUGUUUGUCUUUUACAUUAGGGGGUUUCUUGGAGCAAAACCACAUAUUACAAUGAUGAGCACUUCGAAGAGCCGGAAUGUUUCGGCUUCCAUAUUCCUUGUUUUUGGCUCUGUGAAUGCAUGCGAUAUGUCCUGCUUGCAUUUUUUGGGGGGAGCCCUGAGAUUGCCACUGAAUAUUUAGUGUUUUAGAUGAGGGGAAUUGCAUAGAUGUCCGAUUUGUUGGUAGCUGUGAUUUGUUCUAGUUGGGCUGGUUUUAAGUGUAUUAAGCUUUGAAAAUUCACUGUUCACCUUUACAUAGCUGAUGUCAGGGUUCCGGUGUGACUUGUAAACAAACCUCUCGGUAAGGGUGAGAGAUGUCACUGCGGAGGGGGCUAACCACACCUGCAGUAUAAUCCAGUUUGCCCAGACUUCCAGUAAAGGCAGCUGAAAAACUCUUCUAAUACCAAGAAACUCCACUGAUGGGCAAACGCAUGCACCCCUGCAGUUGCUCUCUGGCUCUUAUAAACAGGUUUGGCCCCUUUGGACAUCAUGCGCAAUUUUAUUCACAUUGAAAUUUUAGUGGGACAUUUUUAAAACCUGUUGUUUUCUUAACUUGGUCACCAGAGUCUAGUCUGAUCUGUGUUUUGCCCAAAAAUGAAAAUGUACGAGUUUUUAAGCGAACUUUGGAAAUGUUUGUGGACAGUAUUAUUAUUCUCUUAUGUAUUUUGGUCGUAAAUGUUACAAAUCAGGAGAAUGCUGAGCCUUAAUGAUUUUAUGGGAGGUUUAAAUUCAGCGUAAAUAUAGUACCACUCCGUGCUGACACAUUGGUCUGAUGCUCUGUAGGCUUCAGCCUGCCAUAACUGCUGAUACCGCUCCUGUAAGCUGUAAGUCAAUGCUUUGGUAAUAAUUGAGUUGUGUUACUUUAGCUAUGCAGAACCAGUAGCUACCCCAAAGGUACUGAAUACAUUCGAACGUUGCCUGAUUGACCUUCGAUCAUUAAGCUUGCUGUAUGAACAGAUUCCCCCAGUAUUUUACACCUUUUGUAUACUGGAUGCUCUAAGAUAGGUCUGCUUGCUGGUGGUUAUAUUAUAGCUUGCAAGCUGAUUAUUAAACUUGCCAGAAACGCAACUGUCUCUGCCUCCUAACGGGGCCCAUUCCUGUUCUGUGCAGCCAGAAUACAAAAUACUGUGGAAUACUUUUAAAAUACUUUAUGCCCUGAACAAGUUUUAGGGAAUGGUUGAUGCAAAAAUGUUUAAAAUGGUCUUGUUAUCAUGGCAAUAAUUUGUAGAUAUGUACAGAUUGUUUUAUUCUAAUAUUUCAUAUAAUAUUCCUUAAAAGAUUAUCUGGUUUUUAGUUUUUGUGUUUGUUUUUUGUUUUUGUCGGUAGAUGAGAUGACUAAACCAUGCAUGCCAGCCAUGGCUGUUUGCCAGUGACCACUAAAAUCCAUUUGUUUCUUGAGUUGGGAAAUGAACAGAGAUGUCAGUGAGGCACAUGCUCUUCAUGCCGUGUGUAGGGGGAGACCCCCACUGCACAAGCAGAACCGUUCACAUCAAUUCAUAUGUGGAAAGUUUGGUUUUUUUUACACACAAGCCAUAGACAUAUUUGAUGCAGAAGCUGCUAUGGUAAUAUGAACCCUUCACCCAAUAGGCCCAUAGGAACCAAAGCUCCAAUUAGGUCCACUGCUGCUGUUAGUAUAGUUGUCUUGCAGCUGUAUGAGAAGGGGGUUCCCUGAUUAACAUAAUCCAAAAGUCAAGGCGAUUCAGUAAAGACAUGAAGGACAUUCCUACUGGAUCGUCUUGGUGUUGGUUUAAGUUAUCCUGCUGCAAAUACCUGCUUUGGCAGAUACUUCCCUCAUGUCUCAAGCAAAAUCAUUUAUUCUGUGCAUUGCUAUUCCCUAGCAAUGUGCUUAAAAAGGCAACUACAUUUAUCCACAAAGUGGGUGGAGCACAGAAGGAUGAAUGCACCAUGUGGGCUAAAUGUACUAUAGCAUGUUCCAACAUGUUAAAGAAACAGGAUCUGGGGUUGGGUGAUGACAUACUACCUUGGUGUCAUUGAUUCCAUUGCUGGGUUUGAAAAUGCUUUAGUAACUGAGACCAUAGACAGUACUGAAUAUUUCACAUUUUUACUUGUUUGUCCAUCAUCAGUGUGACUGGGUACUAGUAUGUUACUGCUAUAUGUGGUAAGGAUGUGCCAGUCUGAACAUAAAUCACUCUUUGAAGGGCAUUGAGGCUAACUUUAAUAUUUUUGCAUAAUGUAGUUGAAUAUUGAACAACAUACAAGUUUAAAUUGACAUUUACAAAAGCAUAAUUCACUUUUUUAGUGUUUGGUAUUUAAACUUGCUUGGAAUAUGGUCAGUGGUUUGGGGUGUGUUUGCUUCAUUGACUUUAACUUAGACAUUGCAAAUUCUAGAAUUUCUGUAUCAGAUUCAUUCAUGGGGAGAAAUUCAUAAGGGAAAAUACAAUUGUGAAUAUGACCAUGUACUAUAAAUGUUUAUUCAGAAAUAUAGACAAUCAUAGCAUUUAAUAACUGAAUUAUCCAGACAUUGUUUAUAACAUGUAAAUACAAUUGUAUUGCUUUUUGGUUGGGUUUGUUAGG